UUCAAGGAAAUAUUCCGGCUAGCCAGCAAUUCAGGUCCUCCGUAAAAAAAACAUUGGAAAGUGGACUUGCCAAAGCCGCCUGAGCCAUGAGUAUCCCGGACUACAUGCAGUGCGCCGAGGACCACCAGACUGUCCUGGUGGUGGUGCAGCCCGUGGGCAUCGUGCCUGAGGACCAGUUCUUCCGCAUCUACAAGCGCAUCGCCAGCGUCAGCCAGGUUAGCGUGCGCGACUCGCAGCGGCUCCUGUACAUCCGCUACCGGCACCACUACCCGCCGGAGAACAACGAGUGGGGUGACUUCCAGACGCACCGGAAGGUGGUGGGGCUGAUUGCCGUGACGACGUGCGCCACGGCCAAGGAGUGGCCGCAGACAGCCGACCGCUUCCACGGGCAGAAGGAGGUGUUUGGCGCCACGCUCUACGACUCGCGCCUGCUGGUGUUCGGCCUGCAGGGGGAGAUCGCCGAGCAGACGCGCACCGACGUGGCCUUCUACCCCGGCUUCGACCAGUGCGACGACGUGGAGAAGAGGGUGGAGGACUUUGUGGAGUCCAUCUUCAUCGUGCUGGAGUCCAAGAGGCUGGACCGGGCCACAGACAAGUCCGGGGACAAGAUACCCCUGCUCUGCGUCCCCUUUGAAAAGAAGGACUUCGUGGGGCUGGACACAGACAGCAGGCACUAUAAGAAGCGCUGCCAGGGCCGCAUGCGGAAGCACGUGGGGGACCUGUGCCUGCAGGCAGGCAUGUUGCAGGACGCCCUCGUCCACUACCACAUGGCCGUGGAGCUGCUGCGAUCCGUCAACGACUUCCUGUGGCUCGGGGCUGCUCUGGAGGGGCUGUGCUCGGCCUCGGUGAUUUACCAUUACCCAGGAGGCACGGCGGGCAGGACCGGGGGCCGCAAGCCCAGCAUCGCGCAGGCGGCUGACGCCGGGAAGAGGCACCGUCCAGGGGCACAGGAAGUUCUCAUUGACCCAGGUGCGCUCACCACCAACGGGAUCAGCGCCGACACCAGCAGCGAGAUCGGCCGCGCCAAGAACUGCCUGAGCCCCGAGGACAUCAUCGAGAAGUACAAGGAGGCCAUCUCCUACUACGGCAAGUACAAGAACGCCGGCGUGAUCGAGCUGGAAGCCUGCGUCAAGGCGGUGCGCGUGCUGGCCAUCCAGAAGAGGGCCAUGGAGGCCUCUGAGUUCCUGCAGAACGCCGUCUACAUCAACCUGGGCCAGCUGUCCGAAGAGGAGAAGAUCCAGCGCUACAGCAUCCUGUCCGAGCUCUACGAGCUGAUCGGCUUCCACCGCAAGUCCGCCUUCUUCAAGCGCGUGGCGGCCAUGCAGUGCGUGGCUCCGACCAUCCCCGAGCCCGGCUGGAGAGCCUGUUACAAGCUGCUGCUGGAGACCCUGCCCGGCUACAGCCUGUCCCUGGACCCCAAGGACUUCUGCAAAGGUACCCACCGCGGCUGGGCGGCGGUGCAGAUGCGCCUCCUCCACGAGCUGGUGUACGCCUCGCGCCGCAUGGGCAACCCUGGCCUGUCCGUGCGCCACCUGUCCUUCCUCCUGCAGACCAUGCUGGACUUCCUGUCCGACCAAGAGAAGAAAGAGGUCACCCAGAGCUUGGAAAACUACACCUCCAAGUGUCCCGGAGGCAUGGAGGUCAUCACUCUCCCAGACGGGCUGAAGCUGCCACCUGUCCCCUUCACCAGGCUGCCCAUCGUCAAGUCUGUAAAGCUCCUCAACCUGCCGGUCACGCUGCGACCCCACAAGGUGAAGGGCCUCCUGGGACAGAACAUGAGCACCAAGAGCCCCUUCAUCUACUCGCCCAUCAUCAUGCACAACUGUGGGGAGGAGCGCUGCAAGAAGAUCGACUUCCAGUGGGUGCAGGGUGAUGUGUGUGAGGUCCAGCUGAUGGUGUACAACCCCAUGCCCUUCGAGCUGCGUGUGGAGAACAUGGGCCUCCUGACAUCAGGGGUGGAGUUUGAGUCCCUGCCCGCCGCCCUCUCCCUGCCCGCGGAGUCCGGCCUGUACCCCGUCACCCUGGUGGGCGUGCCGCGCACCGCGGGCAACAUCACAGUCAACGGGUACCACACGUCGGUUUUCGGGGUGACCAGUGACUGCCUGCUGGACAGCCUGCCGGGGGUGAAGACGAGCGGCUGCACUGUGGAGGUGGUGCCGGCCCUGCCACGCCUUCAGCUCAGCACCUCUCUGCCACGGUCUGCCAAUGCCCUGCAGCCCCCCUCAGGGGAAGAGCUGUCCAGCAGUGUGUCUGUGCAGCUCUUCAACGGCGAGACCCAGCAGCUGGUCAUCACGCUGGAGAACAUUGGCACCGAGCUCCUGGAGACCCUGGAGGUCACCUCCAAGACCGUCAACACCAAAGAGAAGCUGUUUGGAGAGUUCCUGAGCUGGGACCUGGACGAGGCUCUCUCCCAGUUCCCCCUGAAACCGGGCCAGGUGGUCACCCUCACGGUCAACAUCAAGGUCAAACUGGACUUCUCCGGGCAGGAGAACCUCCUGCAGGACCUCAACGAUGACGGGAUCAGUGUGACCGGCCUGCCCAUCUCCAGCCCGCUCAGACAGGUCCUCAAACCCCGAGCCGAGUCCAAGCCCGUCAGCGCCGAGUCCGGCAAAGCGGAGUACAACCACGUCAAGACCCUGGAGGCCAUCUUGAACUUCAAGUACUCAGGCGGCGCCGGGCACGUGGAGGGCUACUAUCGCGAGCUGUCGCUGGGCGUGCGUGUGGACGUGGAGCCCUCGGUCCUCUUCACGCGCGUCAGCACCCUCCCCGCCACCAGUACUCGCCAGUGCCACCUACUGUUGGAUGUCUUCAACUCGACUGAGCACGAGCUCACGGUCAGCGCCAAGAACAACCAGGACCUAGUGCUGCACCCCAGCGAGUGCCAGAGAAUGGCCAUCCAGGUGGACAAGUUUGACUUCGACAGCCUCCCGGAGCCGGACGCGGAGCGGGUACGCUUCGCCAACCCCAAACAGCUGGAGGAGGAGCGGCAGCAAGCUCAGGGCUGCGAGAUCAACAGCAAGUUGGGCAUCCGCUGGACAAUCCCGUCGCUGCGACGGCAGGGAGAGGCCAGCGUGGAGGGCGUCCUCAACCAGCUGGUCCUGGAGCACCUGCAGCUGGCGCCUCUGCAGUGGGAUGUGGCGGUGAACGGGAAGCCGUGUGACUGUGACGUCAUCGCGGACUGCAAGGUGGGCGACACAGUGCCCCUAGAGGUCAAGCUGACCAACCGCAGCAAGAAUGCUGUGGGCCCCCUGGCCCUGACCAUCAUCCCCUUCCAGGACUACCAGAACGGGGUCCACAACUAUGACCUGCAAGAUGCCGUCACCUUCAUCGGCUCCAACACCUUCUACAUCGACACUGUCAACCCCACCGAAAACUCUAUCUGUGUCGGUGCUCUCCUUUUCCUCUACACCGGAGACUUCUACCUGAACAUCAAGUUCCAGGAUGACAACCCGGCUCGCGAGCUUCCCCUGGCUUGGUUCUGUCUGCCCAGCGUCCACAUUAAGGCUCUGGACCCUGCCCUUGAAGCUGCGUCCUAAAAUCCUGGGCCUCCGUACCUGUAAAUCCAGUCCUCCUUUUCUAGGGACCACUGUCCCACCCCAGGGGGGAAAAAAAACAAUUUCAUCUGAAAUGAAAGACUACUCUCGUGGCUAGCCCC